AUGAGAAGCCUGCCACCAGCUCUGGUGGCCGAAAUCCGCUAUGUCUUUCAAUCUUGCUCGAGGCAGUAUACUGCCUCCAGAAGGACUCAAUUCAGCACCUUGCACCAAAGGCUAAAAAGCUCCCAGCAGCCGAAGAGCAACAAUGUUCCCAUCCAAGUUGUCCACAGCCAGCUGCAGGCCCAGAAAACGAAUCCUGUUCGGCCCUCGAUACCGCCAGCCCCAAGUACACCAGAGAGCAAGGAACUCGUACCCCAGGAAGAGCAGGAAAAGUCUCUGGACACAGGCCGCAAGGUUGAGGUCCCUUUCAAGGUCAUUCCAAAGGCCGAGAUCGCUCCAAAUUUGACCUUGUCUCCCAAAGAACGACUCCAUAUUGAACAAUUGACAAGAAGAUUACCUCCUCGGCCUGAACCAAAGGUAUAUAAGAAGAGAUUACGCAUAUACACUGCCGGCAACGGAAGGAUAUAUAUGCUCACCUUCCUUCGUUUCGCCACGAUUGCUGCCUUGACUUUUGUUACCGUUAUAGUGGCUCCUGCUCACUGGGUUAAUGGGAGUUCAUUGUGGACUGUAGCUGGCAUAUGGCUGGCAGGCUUGAUGCCGUUUGCUUUCGUAAACUGGACAUUAAGACCAAUGGUGACAGAGAUCUUUCUUCGGCUUCCAGUAUCGGCUCAAACAUCCCCCAAAGUAGCAAUGGCUUAUGCCAAAAGCCUACCAGGAGAUGCCACGCUCGACCUAAGAUUUAUGCGAUCAUUCACCAUCACGGACGUAGUGACAUUGAGGAUCGCCAACACCAGACCGAUGCGAAGCCUCUUUCGUCCUGUCAGCUUUGAAUGGGUUGGGCCGAUGGUGGAACGCGGUGGCUUGCUGAGACCGAACCCGACUCAAUUCUAUGUACGGCCUGAAUCGGCGGGUGGCAGAGCAGCAAGAGAUGUCACGCCGGGGAUCUGGAGCAAAGUGUACGAACGACUGACUGGAGUCGAGAGCAGUGCUGUAUCCAAAUGGCGGCGGUGA